UCCUCCCUUACCAACUGUCUGGUAUCACUGGGGAUUCUGGGUAUUUAAGCCAGGUUAUGAGCGCAAACCUCUUGCAUCAAACACCCACAGGAAUAGAGCGAUGCUGAGUGUGUUACCUGCUUCUAGUAUGAGCCCGAUAUUGGUGUUUCACUUCACACUUGUGCUCACUGCUACUGCUCUUAUAAAUAAUGGCACCAAUGGCUCUCAUGCUUACAAGCUGCUGAUUGGCUUCCAGGCUCCGUGGAACAUGUCGUACCCCUUCAGCGCUCUACGGCUGGGUUCUGCAAUACAGAUAGCCGUGGAAAAGGUAAACAAAAAUCCUUCCUUUUUGGGGAACUACACUCUGGAUUUUGUCUUCACAGAUACAGACUGCAAUCCCAAAGCUUCCCUGGGAGGGUUCAUACAGCAGGUGUGGAAAGAAAAUGUCUCUGCACUUUUCGGUCCAGCUUGUCCUGAGGAAGCUGAGGUCACUGGUCUCAUUGCAUCAACAUGGAACAUCCCUAUGUUUGCUUUUGUCGGGCAAUCCUCCAAAAUGGACAACAAUUAUAUAUAUGAUUCCUAUGUCAAAAUUGUUCCCCCUCUUAAAAGAAGUGCAGAGGUCCUGGUGAAAACUUUGGAGUUUUUCAGAUGGAGGCACGUUGCCAUGAUUGGAGGUGGAUUAGAGUCAAAUACUUGGGACAAAGUUGACGCUCUGUGGAAAACAAUUGAGGAACCACUGAGAAGCAGAUUUAAAUUGACUGCAGCUGUCAAGUUUGACACCAGUGAUCCUCGACUUGUUUACCGAAACAUAAAAUACAUAGCAACGGUGGCCAGAGUCAUUGUGGUGCUGACAAACAGUGAUGACUCAAUGGGUCUGCUGAUGGAGGCCGAGCGACAGGGUCUGAUGAACGGAGAAUUCGUCUUCUUCUUGGUGCAGCAUUUUGAGGUCAGUUACAGCGUGGAUAACUUGUGGAAAUAUGCCCUUAACAGCAGGAUUAACCAGGCUGCUAUAAGAGCCUUUGACAUGGCCUUUAUAAUCGGCCAGAAAUCCUACGACGGCUACGAUUAUUACGAUUUCUUUGAACAAGUUUUUGAAAGACUCAAAGGCCGCCCAUUUAGAAGCAACCUGACAUCAGAAAGAGAGGUUAGCCCUUAUGCUGCCUACCUCCAUGAUGCGGUGCUUCUUUACGCUAUGGGAUUAAAAGAAGUCCUCAAAGAUGGCAAAGAUCCUCAUGAUGGACAGCAGCUUCUACGGAGACUGAAAAACAAGAACAGCAUUCGAUUUUAUGGUGCUUCUGGUUUAGUCCACUUUGAUGACGAUGGGGAGAGAAACCAAGACUAUUCCAUAUAUGACCUGCAGCAUAUGGGUGACACCACCAAGUUUGUUCCAAUUCUCCACUUUGAAAGUCACACCAAAAGUGUCAGGCCAACAUCUAUGUUUUCCUCUGUGAUCUGGCCUAAAGGAAAACCACCUUCUGACAAGCCAGAAUGUGGUUUCAACAAUGAACUUUGUGAAUGGCUAAUCAAUGACAUCGCCCUGCUGGGUCUUUUGGUAACCCUCCCUGUCAUCGGGGUACUUGCGGUCUUGUGCAUCGGAAUCCUCUUUCUGCAGAAGCUACGACUCCAAACCAAACUUGAUGACUCCUGCUGGUGGUUGAUCAGCUACAGUGAUAUCAUGAUUAUCAGAGAGCCUGCGGGAUUGCAGGGGUUAUCUUUAAGUACCACAGCCAGUCAGACUGGGAGUGGGGGCUCCCAGUCCAACUUCUCCAACAAUAGCUAUAGCCUGAGGGACAAGGCAGGCAAAGAACAUAUCUACACCACAAUAGGUCUCUAUCAGGGAAAUCAAGUGGCCAUCAAGUACAUUAAGAAUCACAGUGGCACGAACUUACAGAAACCGUCCAUUGUUGCAGAGUUCAGCUUGAUGAAAGAAAUGAAACAUGAAAACUUGGUGCAGUUUUUUGGGGUAUGCAUUGAACCACCUAACAUAUGUUUAGUCAUACAGUACUGUAAAAAAGGAAGCCUGAAGGAUGUUCUGAAGGCUUCAGAUAAUGAGCUGGAUACGAUGUUUAAGCUUUCUUUUGCUUAUGACAUUGUCAAUGGAAUGGAGUUCAUUCACAAGAGUAACAUGAAAUUUCACGGCAACCUGAAGCCAAGUACAUGUCUGGUGGAUAGCAGACUCCAGAUUAAACUCUCUGGCUUUGGACUGUGGGAGUUCAAAUAUGGAAGUAAAAAUAAGACUGUUUCGCUGGAAAAUCCAAACUAUGAAGAGAUGUACUGGACAGCACCUGAGCUUCUGAGACAAGCUGGUCGUUCAUUUAAUGGAACGCCCAAGGGUGAUGUGUUCAGCUUUGCCAUGAUCAUGUGGGAACUAAUGUACAAUUCAAGGGCUGGUCCUUACGCUGACUUCAACCUGGAGCCAAAAGAGAUUAUCAUGCAGUUGCGAACACCUUUCCAAGGAGAGCCUCUUCGACCAGCAUUAUCCGAACAACUAUGUGAUGAAAAUGUCAACUCGCUGAUGAGAGUCUGCUGGAGUGAAAACCCCGACCACAGACCACCGUUUGGGUCUAUACGGAGACAGCUGAGGGAGACGUGCCCAGACAGUCAUGCAAAUUUUCUGGACAAUAUGGUGGAAAAGUUGGAGAAAUAUGCAAAUCAUUUGGAGGAGGUGGUGGAAGAGAGGACCAAUCAGCUCACAGCAGAGAAGGCCCGUGCAGACAAGCUACUCUCAAGUAUGUUACCAAGGUACAUAGCAGAUCAACUCAUGUCAGGGAAGUCAGUGGAACCACGUAGCUACGACAUGGUGACUAUCUUCUUUUCCGACAUUGUUGGCUUCACCUCCAUGUGCUCUGUAAGCUCUGCGAUGGAGGUGGUAACGUUCCUUAAUGACCUCUACAGCCUCUUUGAUGAUAUUAUCAAGAUGUAUGACGUCUAUAAAGUAGAGACUAUAGGUGAUGCAUACAUGGUGGCGAGCGGUUUACCUAUCAGUAAUGACAAUCAGCACGCACUGGAGAUAUGCACCAUGGCUCUGCACUUCCUGAGUGCUAUUAAGGUCUUCAAAAUCCGUCAUAUGCCGAUGGAGUGUUUGGCAAUUCGGAUUGGGAUUCACUCAGGUCCAGUGGUUGCUGGAGUGGUAGGCACCACCAUGCCUCGCUACUGCCUCUUUGGUGACACAGUGAACAUGGCCUCCCGCAUGGAAAGUAACAGCUUACCCUUGAAGAUUCACAUAUCUCAGUCCACUGCUGACAUUCUAGUCCAGGCUGGAUCUUUUUCGAUGGAGGAAAGAGGAGAAAUUGAAAUGAAGGGUAAAGGGUGUCAUAAGACCUACUGGCUACAGAGCAAACAUGGAUUUAAUCCUCUUGUAAUUGCUCACAGCUCUCCACCAGCUGACAGUCUCAAAUCACAGACAGAGAAACCAGGAAUGGCCAAAGCUGCUGAGAAAAAAACACAGAAAAUCCUGAUUAAAGCUCAGGCAACAGAAGCGUUGAUUCCUGCAGUGAGCAUCUAACAACCAAUGGAGGUUCUGAUCAUACUCAACAUCGACUUUUUUCUGGCAAAAAUUAGAAAUAACUGGAAAUAACAUGUUGGUGUAUCAUACAAAAGGUGUUGUGAAGUAGACAAAUCAGGCCAGACUUCUGUCUUUGGAUGCUGGUUAAGAGGGCUAAAAAUCUUUACAGAGUUGCAAAAACAUUGAUUAAUUUAUGUUUUUACUGUGAUAUGACUAUGAUAUACUUCUGUUAUGAAAUAGAACCUGUAAUGAUUAAAUAAACUGAGCUGUAAAAGAGUCCAAAGGUCAGUUUUGGAAAUAAACCAAUAAAAACCCCAUCCUAGCACAGCUGAGAACUUAUGGAAGAGACAGC